AUGAGGUCUACAGCUCGGCGUUUAUUCAGUGUCAGGUUGGCUCAGGGAUCACAGCGAGUCUGGAUGGAUAACUGGACUUCUCUUGGUCCUCUUAUAGAGCUGGUAGGCAAGAGAGGACCAGUUGUUACUGGACUAAGUAUUAACACAAUGGUGGCAGAUGCGUUAACAAGUGAAGGGUGGUGCUUUGAGAGGAGUAGAAGUAGGAAUCCGAUCAUCACCUUCCUCAGAGAUAGCAUGUCUGAUGCACAACCAGUUUUGAGCUCAGAAGUUGAUGAUACAUAUAUUUGGGUUACUAAUGGUCAGAAUGGUUCAGAGACAUUAUCCACUUGUGAGACUUGGAAAACCUUAUUUCCUUGUACGUUGGAAGUAUUUUGGCACAAAAUGAUCUGGUUCUCAGGGCGUAUUCCGAAGCAUGCUUUCAUAUCUUGGGUGGCAGCAAGAGAUAGACUCAUUCGUCGGGGCUUACUAGUGCCUUCAACUUGUGUGAUGUGUGCUGGUCAUAAUGAAGAUAGACAACAUCUGUGUUUUGAUUGCGCCUUCAGCAGUCAGGUGUGA